UUUUUUUCUGCAUACAUUUCGGUCAGAGUUCAGUUGUGUUCACCCCUAAAAUAAUAAAUAAUAAAAAAUAACAAUAAAAAUCGAUCGUAUUUGAAUUCAUUCAUUCAUUCAUUCAUUUGUGAGGAGGAUAUAUUUCUUGUCCUAAAAUAAACCGGAAUAAAGUGAAAAGAAACAUCAGCAGCAGCAGCAACAACCAAUAAAAGUAGACAAGAUGGCAUCAUCACAAACAGAAAAUGGCAAGAAAAAUGAAUCAUAUCCGCUCAAAGAUAUGAAUUCAUCAUCAACAAAAACUGAUGAAACAACACCAUUGACGAAACAUAAUGAUGAUAAUAAUGGUGGUGAAAAUAAUGUCGGCAAAGAACAGACUGGUCUAGAGGAAAAAUUAUCAUCAUUGGAAAAAGAUAACGAAGCAGCCAAUCAGAAUACAAAACGAACCGUUAUAAAUCUUGGAAAUGUUGAAGAAAUGCUUCAAGAUCAAAAAAUUCGUGUCAUCAUUGGUAUUGUUGGUUGUGUUCUAUUAUUGUUGGCUAUUGCGGUCAUCAUUACAUUGUUGAUUCUUAAUGCUAAUAACGACGAUAAAACUCACCGUUUUUUGCGAAUUGUUCCACGACCUCGUGGUCCUACGAACCUUAUCUACUAUCGUCAUGGUGACCUGAAAAAAGAAUCAGGUAUCCGAUCAUGGAUGGAAAUGGUUAAAGAGAUUGAUGAAUUUCUUGCACCAUAUCGACGACCGAUAAAUGCAUCACUUUGUGCUGUUAAUGAUCGAUCAUCGAUACCAGACGAUACGGUCUGUUUAUUUGAUUUGAAUACCAUUGCCAGUGAAUGUUUGAAACCUGAUUAUGGCUACAUGUCGGGUAGCCCAUGCAUAUUUAUCGUAUUCAAUAAUAUUACCGAUUGGAUGCCAAAUGCUGGCUCAAAUGAUACAUCAGACACUACCGGUGUUGUCGAAUUGGAAUGUACUACCAACACACAAUUUGAUGCUGAAAAUAUUGGACCCAUGGAAUUUACUCCAUAUCAAGGAUUUUCAUCUGUAUUUUUCCCGUACAAAAAACAGAUUAACUAUAUGGCACCAUUUGUAGCCUUACGGCUGCCUUCACCCACACAAAACGUUGGAAUUGGUCUUACUUGUCGUUUAUUGGCUUCAAAUCUUCAACCAUCAUCAUCAUUACAGCCACCAAUGCCACCACCAUCGACAUUGUUGAAUCAAACAACAGCCACGGUUACGAAUAUGAUCACAACAGCUGUUGAUUAUGAUUACUAUACUCAGGAACCAGUACCUUAUUUACCAUUCAACAUUUAUAUUGAAUAGAUCAAUCGAUCUGAAUCCGAUCCUCUUCUUCUAUAUGCAUUCCUUAUCACAUCAUGUUGUGUAUACACAUUUACUACUCACUACUUUUAUUUUUUUUUUUUUGAUAUAUUCUAUCUAAAUAUACUCAAACUAUAUCAUCGUCAUCAUCAACAUCUAUAUAUCAACUCAAUCAACUAGUCUUUAGACAUCACAUACGAAUCAUGGUUUAAAGUUCACUUUUGCUUGUGUUUGAAUGGCAAUCAUUCGUGUGCGUUUUAUUAUUGAAAUUAACGGAAAUGAAGAUUUAUCACUUUGUGAAUACCCACACACACACACACACACACACACACACUCAAUCUUUCAUUUAUUCAUCAUUAUCAUCAUAAUAUAAUUGAUCAUUCCAUUUGUCGAUUCUCUUCUAACUUUGAUUAUUAUUUUGACAAUUUUCCCAUACACACAUACCCUUUCUCUGUUUUUUUUUCUGUCUCCCCAUCAUUUGUGGCCAUCAUUGAUUCUGUUUAGACUUUUAUUUUUUUAACUUUAUUUUUUUUCCUGACCCGCACAAAAUAUAUAAAUUAAACAUAACAAACAAUG